GGAGAAAAAAAAAAAGAAAAACAGCUCGAACUGAACCUGGCUGCAGACGACCUGCAGCACAAGCUCGACUUGGGUCGUCGUCGUCGUCGUCUUGCUUCCACACCAGACAUGAGAAUCUGCUGGAGGAAGCUCGGCAUCUUGCACGGGCCCGCCUUCUUGCCGUGGAGACGGCCACCGUAUCGGCUCCGUCGUCCCCGCUUCGCGACCCACCAACCCGCCGCCGGAGACCCACGGCAAGCUCGCGGGUUCGCCUCGGCGAGGCAGAGCAGAGGGUGCCGCGCCCCGGAUCUGUUCGCCCUGAACAAGCGGAUCACGCAUUUGGUCAGAGCGGGCCGCCUCGGCGAUGCCAGGGCGGCCUUCGACGCCGCCGGGUGCCGGAACACCGUGACGUGGAACGCCAUGAUCACGGGCUACGUGAGGAGGGGGGAGAUGACGAGGGCGCGCGAGCUGUUCGACGGAAUGCCCCAGAGAGACGUCACGUCGUGGAACUUGAUGAUAUCGGGCUACGUCGCGUGCCGCGGGAGUGGGUUCGUCGAGGAAGGGCGGGACCUGUUCGAGCGAAUGCCCGAGAGGGAUUGCGUCUCGUGGAACACGAUGAUCAGCGGGUAUGCGAAGGAUGGGAGGAUGGAUGAGGCGUUGUGGCUGUUUAGCCGUAUGCCGGAGAGAAAUGUUGUUUCUUGGAAUACGAUGGUGACUGGGUUUCUGAGGAACGGCGAUGUGGAACGCGCGGUUGAGUUUUUCAAGGAGAUGCCUGAGCGGGAUUCGGCUUCUCUAAGUGGCCUUGUGUCGGGCCUUAUUCAUAAUGAUAAGUUAGAUGAAGCUGCUAGGAUAUUUCUUGAACACGGGAAUCCGGAUGGUGGGGAAGAUAUAGUGAGUGCUUAUAACACCCUGAUUGCUGGGUACGGCCAAAGAGGCCGCAUUGAAGAGGCUCGUUAUCUUUUUGACCUGAUCCCAUAUAAUAAUGAUAUAGGAAACGGGGGUGCUCGGAAGUUUGCGAGAAAUGUGGUAUCAUGGAAUACCAUGAUCAUGUCCUACGUUAAAGUAGGAAAUACUGUUGCUGCUAGAGAACUCUUUGAUCAAAUGAAAGAACGUGAUACAUUUUCUUGGAACACCAUGAUUAGUGGUUACGUACAUACGUCUAACAUGGAGGAGGCGUCCAAACUUUUUCAAGAUAUGCCUAGUCCUGAUACUUUUACGUGGAAUACGAUGAUCUUAGGAUAUGCCGAAACUGGAAAGGUUGAAUUGGCGAGGGAUUUAUUUGAGAAGAUGCCUCAAAAGAACUUGGUCUCGUGGAAUUCUGUGAUAGCAGGAUACGAGAAAAAUGAGGACUAUAAAGGAGCGGUUGGACUCUUCAUUCAGAUGUUGACCAAUGGGGAGAAACCAGAUCGACAUACUUUAUCUUCCAUUCUAGCUGUAGCCACUGGUCUUGUUGAUCUUUCCCUCGGUUUGGAGAUCCACCAGCUGGUCACCAAAACAGUUAACCCAGAUGUGCCUAUAAAAAAUUCCCUCAUCACUAUGUACUCAAGAUGCGGGGCAAUUGUCGAGGCUCAGACUAUCUUUGACGAGGUGAAGUUACAGAAGAAUGUGAUCACUUGGAAUGCAAUGAUUGGAGGAUACGCAUCUCAUGGGUUGGCUGCAGAGGCUCUUGAACUUUUUAAUUUGAUGAAGAGAUUUGAAGUUAGGCCUACCUAUAUAACCUUUAUAUCUGUUCUGAGUGCUUGUGCUCAUGUUGGGUUAGUAGAAGAAGGCCGGAGGCAUUUUCUGUCGAUGGUUAAGGAAUAUAACAUAGAACCAACGGUUGAACAUUUUGCAUCACUCGUGGACAUAGUGGGCCGGCAUGGGCAGCUUAACGAGGCCUUCAAUAUAAUAAAGGACAUGCCAAUGAAGCCAGAUAAGGCUGUUUGGGGUGCUUUACUUGGUGCUUGUAGGGUGCAUGACAAUGUUGAGUUGGCUCGAGUUGCAGCUGAAGCAUUGAUGCAACUUGAGCCAGAAAGUUCAGCACCAUAUGUCUUGCUAUACAACAUGUACGCAGAUGCCGGACGCUGGGAUGAUGCAAACGAAGUGCGCGUGAUGAUGGAGAGAAAUGCAAUUAAGAAGCAUAAGGGGUAUAGUCGAGUGGAUUCCCCUCAGUAGCUUUUGUUUCAUAUGCCGACCUUCGGUUUACUCCCUGCAUCAACCUCCUUUUGCUUAUGAAGUCAGGAGUUAAGAUAACUAAUAGAUCUGUUUGUCCUAUACAACAGGAUGAAAAAAACCAGAAAAUUGGAAAAUAGUGGGCUCAUCUGGUUGAUUAUAUUUGUUAUACUGUAGAAAGAACGAGGACUUUCGUUUGCAUGGCAAAUCGUUUGCUGACAUCCCAAAAGAAUGAUGGAAUAGAAGUUUGGAAAGUGAGAACUAGAUUCAGAGGAGUCACUUCGAACUCAUUUUUCAAUUCCCCAGAUCUUGCAAUUCUCAGCUCUGUCAUAGUAAGAUGGUGAAAAAUCUAUAGGUAGUUACAAUACCAAGUUUCUGGCCUAUUACAAAUGAAACUCGAUGACUCCAACGAUUUAUCCGUACGAUCAAAUAGGAGCUGAAGCCAAUCUAGACUGUUAAUUGGCAUGCUCAACUUUCGUAUGAAUCAUACAUGCUGAUGGAUUACUUCUUUGUCAAAUUGAACGCAUGAAGAGCAAUGACUUUUUCUGCAUGGGAUGUUGACCUGCACGGUCCAUGUACAUUAGCCAACAUGGCCUUUACUCAAGAUCCAUGACAAGAGGAGAUGUUACGUGCUGAUGCUAGGAAAAGCCUUGGUAUUCUGCAACUGAAUAGCUUGUCAAGCACACAGAUAUUUAACUUUUUAACAGAAGAGAAUAGAAUGAUCACUUGCAUAUUGGCUCUCUUUACCGUUCACUUUUUCCCGAGAGAAUUCUCUGCUAUUCUUUGGAACUUGUCUCUUGAAAUUUUAGUAUGUGAUGUCUCUCUUUCAGCAACUUCAGUGAAGACAGAAGGAGGAAGAGGAAGAUUAAGAAAGAGCAGUGACAGACACCCGGUGCGACCAGUGACCAGUGAUGGGUGAUGGUGGUUACUGGGGACCAGAGGUGUUGGCAGCUAGCAAUUGGCGAUGUUGAUCGGUGGCUUGCCAACCUGGACAACCUGUCAGUGAUGGGGUGGUCGAGGGAAGUUAUUGAGAUGGAACGAUUAAGUUCAGUGAGUUUCAAGAGAGGACUUUUGCCUUUUGAAGGGGACUCUGUUGUGGUUGAUCAAGAUGCUGAUAAUCUAGGUGCUAGCGUUGUCAUUUCACGAGAGCACCUAUUUCUUCAGGAUUCAGUAAUCUUGUUUUAACCAAUAUGUGAUUGAGAUGUUAUCAGGUCCACCUUCCAUGGAAAUACCUAGGACAGAGGGAGAGGAGGAUAUAAUUGCAGCUAAGCUUAAAAAAUUGGAGAAUGCAAGCAGGACCAUGCUAUCAGAUCUCGGGGCAGCUGCUUUUCCAAGGGACAUUGGGAGGGGAGAGCUUCAGUGAAGUCCCCUAGAGGAAAGCAUAGAGUUCUCUGGAGUACGGUUUGGAAAGAGUGGUUGGGCGGGGGCGGGGGUGGGGGGGAGGGAUAGCAGUUGAUCGCUUGUACAAGCUGAACACUAGGAAUGUGCCAAAGCCUGCCUGGACUAUGAAAAGAUUGAUUAACAUUGUGCAAGCAUGGAUUUGAUUCAACAUUGGACAAGCGGAAUUGAGAUUCUACUCAAGAAUGAGUCGGACACCAUGAUCGGGAGUGAAACCGAAGCCAAAACUGCAGCUUCCUGAAAAUGUGGCUAAGUAUGGUUCAAAGCAAGGCCUUAGUUCUUCACCUUCCGAAGCGGAUGGUAGAGUUCUUUUCAUAUUCCGUGGAUGCAUGUGUUGAGCUUCGGUACCACCCCCCCGUCAAAUGGAUGGAUUGGGUCGGGUCGAAAAUGAUAUGAUCUAAAUUGACUCAUUUAAACCAUUUUGAUCUAUUUCCAUGUAAUACAAAUUUAGUGACCUAUGCC